AUGAGCUACUUUUAUUCUCUACCUACAACGGGUGCAAUGUCCUUUGUGGAUUUCUUACAAAACGUGGGACCCUAUUCAACUGAAAUCUCUGAUGCAACGGCACAACGCGGACGACUGAGAACAGUGCUCAAAGACCUUAAAAGAGACUCCCAAGAAACACGCGAUUACCGCCACAUUCUCAACACCAUUGAAGACUAUUUGCCAUAUCUCGUCAGCAUAUUGAAUUGCCUCGAAUCGGGUGACCUUACGUUAAAGAAGAACAUUGAAACGUCUUGGCGUUCUACCCUCAGUGACCACAUCAUCCACACCGGAAGCAAUGCACCACGGAUAGUGUGCGGCGGCAUCUAUUAUGAGCUUAUUUUCGUGCUGAUGACUUAUGCCUAUGCAUGGUCGAUGCAAAGCCAUGAUAUUCUCAAGACCGUACAAGAAGGAUCUUCAUCGCCUACGCAAUACAACAAAGCAGCAGAUGCAUUGAAUAUAGCAGCCAGCGUGUUUCAUUUCAUCGCCUAUGACGUGAUCCCCAAGUGGCGCCAAUCACCUGAAAAUCGACCCGUCGAAACUAUCAAGGAGCUGCCCGCAGCAUUAUCAAAGAUGGCUUUGGCAGAUGCACAGUACAUUGCCAUCAACAAGGCUUUACUCGCUGGGCAGGUAUCAAAAUCAUUGGUUGCAAAACUUUAUAUUGGAGUGGCAGGUGAAUACGAGAUGGCAUACGGCUUGAUAUCAUCCAUUGCUGGUGCUCAAGAGGUGUCAACGGAUUUGAAAAAGUAUAUAUACGAUGGUGUCCAAUUCUACAAGGCUAUGGGGAAAAAGUUUCUUGCCAUGGAUGCCAACGACAACCAAAAAAUGGGUGAAGCUGUCGGAUUCAUGCGAGAAUGCAAGGCGGAUCUACGGUCUAUCCAGCACUCAAGUCUUGCGAAACCCCAUUUGCGUAAAUCGGCUGUAGCAGGACGAGCACUCAAAGAAGAAGAAUCGGUGUCUGAGCUCUUGCAACGUUAUACCAUGAUCAAUGAUACGGUGGCGUACCAAUCGAUUCCUUCUCGGCAGGACUUACAAAGGAUUAUUCCCAAUGGACGUGGCGUGUUACAAAUGAAGAAAUACCAAUUACCACCACCAAAGUUUGGACCAGCACAUGAAGAAGAAAGCAAUGCCAAUUAUGCAAGAUCAGGCGCUUAUUACUAG